ACGUGGACUUUACCGAGGCCUUUUUUGACUUUGGAUUUCUCACUUAUGUGACCUCGGAGGGGGUGCGGAUUUUCUCGCCGGCCGCGCUCCUCUGGCCGUUCGAUCUGCUCAUGUGGGGCUGCAUCUUCGUCUCCACGAUUGUCGCCUUCAUAUUUUUUACCAUUAUUAUCAAAGCCAUCUUCUGGCUGGAUUUAGGAUCCGGAGAUUCCCUCAAUUUCGCCAGGAGAGGAAUGGUUUCGCAUCAAAUUUGGAAUUUCAAAUAUCAGAUUCAAUUCGUCCUCACCUCAUUUCUCGAUCAGGACUGCGUUCUCCCAACUUUCGCCCCUCUACGGACAUUUGUCGCCAUCUGGUUAUUUUUCACGCUGGUCGUGACUACCAUCUACCGGUCAAAAUUGGUUUCCCUCCUCGCAUUUCCGCUAAUUGAAACGCUCCCGCAGACUUUUGAUGAUCUCGCGUAUUCAAAAUAUUCCGUGGGAUUUAUGAAGCAUGGCGACUCCGCGUACAACACGCUGGCCGAUUCCACGGAUCCUGUUUAUGUUAAAUUAAUCAAUGAAAUGGAGGUCGUGACAGGAUACGGGUUGGAAUGCUUGGAGAAAGUCGUGACCCAAAAGUAUGGCUGCAUCGCGUACGAUUUCGCGCUCCGCCAUUUAAAAGAUAGGAACCUAAGUGAAGCGGACACGAGAAAACUAGUCUUUGCGCCGGCGCAUACGUACAACAUCUAUUUGGGACUGGCCACAGAGGGGAAGUCCAUUUUGAGGAAUAAUUUUGGAAAAUGGCUCUCACAUACGCGUGCCUUUCACUUGGAGGAUGUCUGGGAAGCGCGCGACAUGUAUUACACGGUCCGCGUGUUGAAGCGCGAAUGGUGGUUUGCUACCAAUCAGAGCGAAAAAGCGUCCAUUUCCAGCGCCGGCGUGGGCGACGACAAUCUCACCCUGAAACACAUUUCCGGCUCGUUUUACAUACUUUUCACGCUGCUCGCCAUCUGCACCGUGGCAUUCAUUUAUGAACACGUGCAAGCAAAUUGGAAAUGUCUGAAGAGAAGGUGGAAGAAAAUUCGGGGCAAAAUUACCAUCUGUUGUGAUAAAGUUUUCGUUGUUAGCAAUACAGAAAUGGAUGCCUAUACUUAAAAAAUACGGAAGUAUUUCGGUAAAAUAAAUUGGUAGUAGUAAAAAAAAUUGGUAACGAUUUAUAUAUUUACCGAACGGUAAAGUUGGGUUUUUGGAAUAGUACUUUUUAUUAUGCGGGGGAAAAUUACCAGCUUUACUGUGAUACAGGUUUCGUCGUCAGCAGAAAUGGAUGCGUAUACUUAAAAAAUUUAUGUAUAUUUCGGUAAAAAUAAGUUGGUAGCGUGGUAAAACUGGUAAUCAUUUACAUAUUUACCGAACGGUAAAAUUAGGUUUUUUGAACAAUAUUUUUUAUUAUGCGGGGUAAAAUUACCAUCUGUUGUGAUAAAGUCUUCGUCGAAGUAUAGAAAUGGAUGUAUACUUAAAAAUUUUUAUGUAUAUUUCGGUAAAAAUAAAUUGGUAGUGAUAAAAAAUUUGGUAAAGAUUUACAUAUUUACUGAACAGUAAAAUUAGGUUUUUUGACAGUAUUUAUAUUAUUCGGGGCAAAAUUACAAUCUGUUGUGAUAAAGUUUUCGUCGUUACCAGUACUGCAAUAAACCCGAUAUGGUAGCAUGGUAAAAUUGGUAACGAUUUAUUUACCGACCUGUAAAAAUUGCGUUUUUUGAACAGUAUUUUUAUUUGAACCUUCCACGUAUUUAGAAGUCACAAUGAAUUUGUAAAAUAACAGUUUGGAAAACUUGUUUCGGUAAAAAUAAAUUGGUAACGAUUUAUUCACCAAGUGGUAAAAAUUACAGUAUUUUAUAUUAUAGCUUCUAUUUCGAAGGCACGUUAUUAUUAGGAAUUUGUAAAGUAACUGUUUGGAAAAAAAGUUUAUCCAUUUUUUAUUUGGUAAAUUGUUACCGGUGGUAAAAAUAGGUUGAUAACCGCAGAAAGGCAAGGAUAAUUUUUUUUCUAGAAUUUUUGUUUUUUUAACCACACAAUAAUCAAUUUUUAUAAAAGAAACCUGAACUUUGUGAGAAAUUAUGUUAGUAAUAAAUUAUUACCAGUGCGACAGAUUAUCGUGUUACCAUAGCUUGGUAAUAAUUUUGGCAAUAAGACAUUAAAGUUUUUUUGGGCUAAAAGACAAUUGUAAAUGUAUGUAUUUAAAUAAGUUCAUAUAUAAUAAAGACAGUAACUUAAGUAUUUAGUGAACAAAUUUUAUUUGUAAUUUAAAAUUACGAACAAAACUUAGCAAGGUUUA